AUGGGUAAGGUUUCUCGGGAUGCGCUAUUUAACGAUUUCAAUAAUGAUACUUCCGAUGACCUGGAUUUCAACUAUGACAAUGAGUCAGAUUUUGAGUUUGUUCAGGUAGAAGAUUCCGUAAGCAAAACCGAUGUGGUGAUGAAGGAAGGUGGGCUUCUUGAAGGAGAAAGAGAAGAGGAGGGUGGUGAACCGGAAACGGAGAUGUUCAAGUUAUUCAAUACACAAGACACUCAAGCAAUUAGCUUGCGAGAUGACAUUGAAGAUGAGGUAGUAAAUGAACGGCCAGAAUCAUAUUACUUUUCCAGUUAUUCGAUAGAGGAAAGGGACCAAUUUAAAAAUACAGCUAUAACGUUUGAGCAGCUUUUAAUGCUUCAACGCAAUACUGCAUCGAUUUCAUCAUCUACUUAUCGGGUAUUAGACGUUAAUGCAUACAACGAAGCGAUUGAGAAGGCCAAACUAGAUAAGAAAAGAAGAGGUAGGCCGGGGAAAAAGAAGCGAUUGAAUAGAAUAGCGUGUAAGGAACGGAAGCUUGAGCGGAAGAAGAUUGAAGCUGCUAAAGCUGCUGCAAUUAAGAAGAAGAAGUUUCAUAAAAGAGGAGGCAAGAAGAACAAUAAAAAGAAAGAAGUUUCAGCCAAGCCAAAGUACAGAACAGAGUAA